CCCGGGGUUUUCGUACAUCGGCGUUAAUUUCUCUUGGUUAGCCAUCUUUGUUUCAGCUAGCCAAACUCCUGAUUGGAAUUUCGGUGUGACUCUUAGCUUGCUAACAUACCCCCCAUCCCCUUAAUAACUCACAAUUUGGGCGAUGGAGGCUUAAUGAUAAACAUCUAUUAAAUGUUGCAUCUGUUGGUUUUAUGCCCACUUGACUUUGUGUCGUGCUUUUUAGUUUAGUCGGGGUGUCGCUGUUUACAAUGUGCUGUGAACCGCGGAAGCUAAUAGGGCUAACGUUAGCUUGCGGCAGCCAUCUUAGACGACUGUGUUGUAUAGGCUAGCUGGAAGUGCUGGUGUGGCACAACAAGAUGGCCUGUUAAUACUUGCACUACGAGAAUUUCCGUGUCGGUCGUUGUCUCAAGUUGUCCCAAAUUGCUUAACUCGAAGAUCUUUUUAAUGUCUGCUAUCUGACAAAAGCAGCAGCGCGCCACAGCAAAAAAAAAACAAAAAGCUAUACCCCCGAUUCCUUAUUUAGUUAUCAUCCGGCAAGAAAACGGAGGUCGCAGGGCUGGAGUGUGUUCUCAUGGCCGAGUCAGAGACUGAAUGUGACACACCCGGCCUUGACACGCUUGGGUCGGAGUGUGUCAUAGCCCACAGUCAUGUUGGCCUUCACUAUGGAGCAGAGACGGAGAUCAUGACAGAGGAAAAGCGUGGACUAGAAUUGGAGAUCCAUGGUUCAGACUUGAAGAUCCAAGGUCUUGGGACAGACCUAGGUGCUGUAACUUGUGUGGAAGCAAUUGUUGCUGAAACAGACCAUGAUUACAUUAAGGUGGAACAUAGUGAUAUGCACUGUUUCACUGGAGCAGAAAUCAAGACAACAGGAAGCGAGGCUCUGCUGGGAGAGGUGCUGCUUAAGACCGAAAGCGAGCAUAUGGUUAAAGUAGAGUCUGACCAUGGUGGGGAAUUAACAGUGGAGUCUGAGAAUGGUGUAAUCAUACAUGAAGCCCAUGGCCUACAAUGCAACGAGUGCGGGGAGAUUUUUGGUAGCAUAGCUGAUCUUCAUCAACACUUUGAGAUCCACAAAGAUCUAAACCCUUACAUCUGUGUCCACUGUGGUGAGAGCUUUGCUGUGGAGGCCAGUCUUAAACAGCAUAUGAAAAUUCACAUGAAAGAAAAGCCCUAUGUUCCCCCAGGAGUUGAGAUCAUGGGCAAAGAUGUACUUGAUGCCUUCAGCCUUAAGUCUCAUCAGAUGAUUCAUUUGCCAGAUAAGCCCCACAGAUGCUCGGUGUGCGGUAAGAGCUUUGCUGCAGCUAUUACCCUGAGAGAACACAUGAAGAUGCAUUCUGAAGACAAGCCAUACAAGUGCACUCAAUGCAGAAAGAGUUUUGUCCGCAGAAGGCAUCUGAAAAAGCACCAGGAGGUCCAUGCGCGUGAGAAGCCAUAUACCUGCGGCCAGUGUGGCAAAGGCUUUGCCACAACUUCAAACCUGAAACAGCACCAGAAGACCCAUGCAGCAGUUGUGCUUGGGGACAAACCCCACAGGUGCGCACAUUGUGGGAAGUGUUUUGCAGCUGCUGCCACUCUGAGAGAGCACCAGAGGAUCCACUCGGGAGAGAAGCCGUACAAAUGCAACAUGUGCAGAAAGAGUUUUGUGCGCAAGCGCCACCUGAAGAAGCACCAGCAAGUCCAUGCUGGGGGGAAACCCUACACCUGCAGACAUUGCAACAAGGGUUUCAAUCACUCUUCAUCCCUCUCUCGCCACCACAAAGCCCACAUGCAGAAUCCAGUGUUUUCUCCACCUCAGCCUGGGAAACCCAUGUCUUUCAGCACUCCCACAAAGCAGAGGGUGCACCAGGAAGGAGAAAAACCUUACAUGUGCCACCACUGUGACAAGGGCUUCAAUCAUUCCUCCUCCCUGUCACGGCACCAAAGAGUCCACUCAGAUGGAAAGAGUUACACCUGUGGUCAUUGUGGCAAAACAUUCAUUCACUCCUCAUCUCUUGCAAGGCAUCAGAGAAUUCAUUUGGAGAAACAACAGCAGCAGCAGUCACCGCAACCACCACAGCCACAGCAGCAACAGUACACCCCAAUCCCCCCAGGGAAGGGAUUCCCCAACAAUGCCUUCCCUAAACGCCUCCUAACUGUUGAAAAACAGUACAGGUGCUCACAGUGUGGAAAAGCCUUUCAGCAUUCAUCUUCCCUCUCCAGACAUCAUAGGACCCACGUUAAUCAGUGAGCACCAAGUCCCACCAUCACAAGCUGUCCCAUGCCAGCGCCUGCAUCCCCAGCUCCGCCUUAGUUUUCUGUUCCUCUAGCUGUCCUUUCACUGAUAUCGCCACAUCACAGAGAGCAUCAGGCCAACUUCAACAAAGAGGUCAUGUAAGCACAUAACUCUGGUUGAGUGAAGCAGCUGAGAAUAAAUGGACACUAACACAGUCAGCAGAAAGAAGUGGCUUGGCCUGAAGGACUGUGCAAAAUAUAAAUAUAAUUCAGAACUGAACCCGGGGCUUUGUACUCAUGUUCAAGAGGAUAUAAUACUAGAUUGUGAAGGAAUCGGUUCUUGUUUGCGAUUGUGCUUCACUUGCUCCAGGACCUUCAGAACACUUUUAAAGAGGAAAAAAUUAUAAGGAUGUACAUGAAAAAAAUGUUAAAUGUUCUGUUCGCUGAUCUUUUUGGCAGAAUUCAGUUGUAUCUCCAGGUGGGCACAAUAGCUUUUCAGCUGCACCUUUAUUGAAGACUACAAACAUUUGGUCAAUAUAAACUUUUGGCUCAAUUUGAAUAGUUAUUUCUAUCUCACCCGCAUAAUCAUGAAACAAAUAUAAAAAUUCUGUGUAUAUAAUUGAUUUUUUUUUAUAUAUAUAUAUAUAGGUGACUAGUGUGCUGUUCCAAAAGAUAACAUUUUUGAUAGUAAGAUCCACUUUGUCUCCACUUUUUUUUUUAUUUUUCCUUUUAUGACUUUAAGUUUUAAGUGUUGGAGAUAAAAAUGUUGAGGAUGUUUCCAUGCAGCUUGCUCUUGAAAUUGGGCUCCAUCAGGUAUGAGCCAUCUUGUAUAUUUAUGAGGUUUUUUGUAUGUCUAUGAUGGUUUAGUACUACUACAUAGACUGUACAGAGAGCAAAACUGACUGAAACCCUGAGUCUAUUAUGACAUGCAGUUUAGCCAUAAGGAAAUGCAUAAUAGAAAAUAAAAACCCACUGGGUAGCAUAUUACAAAAUGACCGGUGUCCUAAUUAUUUACGCUGUGGUUUCUACUGCACCCAAAUCCCAAAUGUACCUGAAAUGCUAUAUCAGACUUAAGACUAAUUACCUGUGUAUAGGAUAUAGGUAACUGUACUGAUUUGCAAACUACCACAAUCUGAGCUAAAACAAAACAAAUGUAUACUAAAAGACUACAUGUAUCUUUUUCAAGAUUUUUCUGAAGUCUGAUGGAUUCUGCUUCUGUGUAAAAUACCUUUUACAAACAUGUAUUUUUUUAGACAUGGCUUGGGGUUAUAUGAAAGGGAAUGAGAGACAGGAAGUUUUUAUGAGUGAAUAUUUUGGUGAGCAAUACUUUCUUUUUAUUUGGAUAACAAUUGUGCUUCAAAUUGUAGCAUAGGUUUCUUCCUUGUGUUAGAUAGGUGCCUUAUUGCAUGCUAUGUAGAAAUGUAUGCUGAGCUGUUAUUUGAGGAGUUAGGGUUUUCAAGAGUCUUUAGUUCUUACUCAUACUAAUGUACCCUACAUUUUAAUUUGUCACUGAUUCCAUUUGCUUUGCCCUUUUUUUUUUCUUUCAUGUAUAUUACCCUGUGUUUACACUGUUACGACUAUAUUGUCCCCCCCUUCUUGAUUUAUUUUUAUUGUUUUUGUCAAUGGCCUCAUUGUAGAGAAAAUAUGUAAAAAGAUCCAUAUAGACUUCUCUUAAUGGCAAAUCCUGUAACACCCGUUUCCCCAUCUCUGAGUGGCACAUAUAUGGACAAAUAAAGGUUGUUGACUCUC